CGCUUUUAAAGCUCAUCUUCCCUCCGAGCGCAACACAGAGGACGCCGCCGCCGCCGCCGCCGCCGCAGAUAAGGCCUUUGUCAAGAAGCCAUCAUGGCCACCGAGAAGCGACUGUCUGCCAGACGCAAGCACACUCUGAAGAGUUGCAUGCUGGUGGUGGCCAACAACCUCCUGGAGGCCGAAGCUGCCGAGAAGGCCGGAGAGCGAGAAACGUUCCUGGCGGAAAAAUGUCCUCCUAUGGACAUUCCCUACUCGGGCGACGAGCUGCGGGAACUCUGCAUGAAACUCCGCGAGCAGAUUGAUACCAGCGAGGAGGAACGUUACUGCAUCGAGUUCAAGCUCAACAUGGUCCUCAACGAGGUCCGAGACCUGAACAUCAAGAUCGUGGACCUGAGGGGCAAGUUCAAGAGACCUCGUCUGAAGAAGGUGCGCAUGUCGGCCGACGCCAUGCUCAAAGCGCUGCUGGGCUCCAAGCACACCGUCAACAUGGACCUCCGGGCCAACCUCAAGCAGGUCAAGAAGGAGGUCAAGGAGGAGGAUAAGCAGCUCCGCGACGUUGGGGACUGGCGUAAGAACAUCGAGGACAAGUCAGACAGGAAGAAGAUGUUUGACAGCUAAAUGCAGGGGACACAGUUCAGCUUGUGCUCUUCUCGUCCGAAAUCAAGAGUUUUAGCUCAAAAUGUUCGACUUGAAAGUGUGAAGACCUUCAACGUGAAGUUCUCGAUUGGUGCUUUGUAACACUCUGAUGGAAGACAGGAAGUUCCAAUAAAUGAUGGUUUCUUCGGUGUUUGUUAGCCACCAUGCUAGCUAGCUAGCGUGUUUUGUUUUGUUGGAAUAAAACUCUUGUGCUUGA